AUGGCGAGCACUGCGACGCGCCAGCAUAAUGUCGCGGUGCGGUCCAAGUAUGACAAGAUAGACAAGAUCGGCGAAGGUACCUUUGCCGCCGUGUUUCUCGCGCGCAAUACGCAGACAGGCGCCAAGGUCGCGAUCAAGAAAAUAAAGACUGCUGCUGCAGGCACACGCGAUGGCAUUGACAUUACAGCAAUGCGCGAGUUCAAGUACCUCAAAGAGCUGCACCACCCAAACGUGGUAGCAUUGCUGGACGUGUUUUCCUCUGGAGGCGCGUCGCCGUCGAUCAAUUUGGUGCUAGAAUACUUAAAUACGGAUUUGGAAGCGACCAUCAAGGAUCGUUCGCUGCUCUUUUCCGCCAGCGACGUGAAGAGCUGGAUGCAGAUGCUGUGCCGCGGCAUCGAGUACUGCCACAGGAACUGGUGCUUACAUCGCGAUUUGAAGCCGAACAACUUGCUCAUCUCGCCGCAGGGCGAACUCAAAAUUGCCGACUUUGGUCUUGCGCGCGGGGCCGGUGAUCCCGGCGCACGUAUGACCUCGCAAGUUGUGACGAGGUGGUACCGUGCACCGGAGCUAUUACUGGGCAGUCGCGCCUACUCAGGGGGAGUCGAUAUGUGGGCGAUCGGUUGUAUUUUCGCAGAGCUGCUCCUCCGCACUCCAUACCUCCCUGGCGAGUCGGAUAGUGCACAGCUGACUACGAUAUUCCGCGCCUUGGGCACGCCUACGAGUGCGGAUUGGCCGCAGCACCAAUCUUUGCCGGGCUACCACAAGUUCGAACAGUUUCCCAAGCAGAAUCUCUCCCUGCUUUUCACCGCGGCGUCUACAGAAGCGAUCGAGUUUCUCGGCGCGUGCCUGCGGUACGAUCCGCUCAAGCGACUACGUGCGACUGAGGCUCUCCAGCAUGCCUACUUCCAGACAGGGCCACUUCCCACAUUGCCCGUCACACUUCCUCGCCCGGCAGCGUCGGUGGAACAAGACGCGCCCAGCGCGCCAGCGGCGCCGGCAAAAGCGACAAGCAACGGCGCUAAGCGGAUACUGCCCGCUGAAGAGGUGGAAAAACGCAAGCGCUUGGCGCACCGUCUCGCAUUCUCUUAG